GCAGGGAGGGGAGGGAGAAAUACAGAAGAAGACGAGCGCGGAGAGAGGGAGAGCGACCGACCGAGUGAAUUACACUGACGGACACACGCGCGUCGCGCGAGACAAGCUGACUACUGAUAUUUUUGACGUGCUCACUAUCUCAAAACUAUCAAGACCGACAAAUUGGAGCUCCGAAGCAUCGACAUCGCGCUAACCCAGAACUCAUGGGUUAACAGACUCUGUUCAGGAGAAGCAGCCAACCAUUAAUCCAAUGAAUAACCGGAAGGAAGACAUGGAGAUCACGUCACACUACCGGCAGCUCCUUCGUGAGCUGAAUGAGCAGCGGCAGCACGGAAUCCUGUGCGACGUGUGUGUGAUUGUGGAGGGCAAGAUCUUCAAAGCACACAAGAAUGUGUUAUUGGGCAGCAGCCGCUACUUCAAGACACUUUACUGUCAGGUGAAAAAAGGCACAGAGCAACAGGCCACAAUCACACACCUGGACAUAGUCACCGCUCAAGGCUUCAAAACGAUCCUUGAUUUCAUGUACUCUGCACACUUGGCGCUUACGAGCAAGAAUGUAAUUGAGGUGAUGUCGGCUGCGAGCUACCUGCAGAUGACCGAUAUUGUCCAGGCAUGUCACGGCUUCAUCAAAGCAGCGCUAGACAUCAGUAUUCGGUCUGAGCUUGUGGACGAACUAGCGGAUAUUGAUAUGGGAAAUGUAGUGAGUUCUAUUGGAGUUGGGGCUGGGCCCGGUGUGGUUGGAGCCUCGGAGGCAUUGGCGUCUAUGAUCUCUGGUCGUAGCUCUUCGCCAUGGUUGGCCAGGCGCACUAGCCCGGCAAACUCAUCUGGAGAUUCAGCCAUCGCCAGCUGCCAUGAAGGCAGCAGCAGCUAUGGCAAAGAGGACCAGGAACCCAAAAGCCAUGAGAGCCAAGAGGAUGCUUGUUUGCAGCCCUUGUGGUCUACUGAUUACCGUUCUGUCCAGGUCAAAGAGGAGCAGGUCUCCCCCUCCAAUCUGCAAGAUGGGGCUGGCCGAGGUUUACAAGGAAUGCCUGGAGAGCAGGGUGGCAGAGGGGAUGGGGGCUGGCAACACCCUGGCUCAGGCCGCAGGAAGAAUCGUAAAAACAAGGACACAGUCAGGCACAUAACCCAACAGAAUGAAGGGGACAGUCGGACAGCAUCGCCGCUACCUUCAAUGCUUUCCACUUCUGGCUGGAGCUACAACAAUCAGGAUAUUCCAGGUGGAAAAGUGACAGAGUCCAACAUCUCAGACAGUCGAAGUGAGCGUAUGGAGCUCCUGGUAAAGCAGGAGGAGGCCGCAGCGGGUGAUGUGGACUUUCUGCCUGGGGAGCGGGAUGAGGGCACAGCCAAAGAGAGAGGGAGCUCGGUGGCCAACCUGCGUGCUGCCCUCAUGAGCAAGAACAGCUUGCUGUCUCUGGGGGCGGAGAUGCUCGAAGAGGAGAACUCGCUUCUUUUUGACUACCUGCCCAAGGGAGGACACUCUGUAUCCCGGCCUCGUUGCUCCAAUGGCAGCAGCAGCUCCCACCAUCCAGGGGCCCUGUUUGGUAGCAAAUGCAGGGCAUCUUCGUCUUCUCCUCCGUCUCCUCUUCCUCCUCUUCCUCUUCUACUGCCGCCUCCGCCAUCCAUGCAGCGGCCCCCAGGGGCAGACGGUCUGCCACGAUGUGGGGGCCUCACAGACAAGCUGUAUGUGGAACGGGCCCUGGAGGCCUCGCCCACUGAGGAGGAAAUGCAAGAGUCAGACAACACUCCACAUAACACUGCAGUGCUGGAGUGCGUCCAGGUUCCCAUGGAGGAAGAUCAGAUGGUGGAGGAGAAGCAUGGAACGUCUGUGGCGGAGGUGCAAGGAGGAGGGCCAGGCUGGCAGCAGGAGCUGGCCUGCUCUCUGUGUAAGCAACUGUUUAGCAGUCUGCUUCAGCUGCAACAGCACGAGUACAGCCACACACUGUCACUCAUGGCCCUCUCCCUGGAUUGCCUCGACCACCACCGCCCCAUGGUUGCCACAUCCCUGCUCAACCCUCAGACUGCACGCUACCACUGCUCACAGUGCCCUGCCAGCUUCACCCUCAAAUCCAAUGCCGACCGCCACGAAAAGACAAUCCACCUCAAACGGAAGCUGAUGCAAUGCAUUUACUGCCUCAAGCAUUUUCGUGACCGUACCGAUCUGAACCGUCACCUGUCAUCCGUCCAUUCUAACGAGCGUGUGUACACGUGUCCCGCUUGUACCCGAACCUUCAGCACACAGAAAAAUCUGGCCACCCAUGCCAAAGUGUGCUGUCAGUCCAGAAUCUCGCCCACUGGGCACCUGUGGAGCCUGCACGCCCUAAAGGAUGAUAGCGGCAACCAUAGCCAUAUUCAUAUUGAUGAUUGAUUGGGAUAAUCUCACGAAAACUUUCAAGAAAUGUCCAGAUCGUUAUAUUUCACCCCAAAAUCAAAAAAUCAUAAGGAGUUAUAUUUUCCAUAUAAAAGGAGUUUGUUUUUAUAUAAUAUUACAAAGUCUAUUUUUAGGAACUUUAAUAGUUUAAUCACAAUUAAGCACUCAAUUUCCAGUUGCCUACUGUAAUACAAAAAUUUACUUGAAUUCCACUUACUGUAAAUAUGUGAAAAUAUAUUAAAAUACUAUUAAAUCAUAAUGUGAAUUUAAUAUUAUUUAAUAUAAUUUUCAUGAGAUUUCCACCAAUUUGCCGAAACCAGACAUAUUACUCACUAAUAGUUUCACUAACGAGGGAAUGUGUUCACUUUUACAAACUCUUGGUCAUUAUCUCUCAUUUCAUGCCUACUUUGGGCCACCACGCUGUUUUUACCUUUUUUCACUGUGUGUAAGAUUUGUAUGUUUUUGAAAUGUAGUAACUGUAACUUAUACCAGCAGGUUGUAUUGUUUUUAGAGCCUCCUCUAUGGCAGCAUAUGGCUGCUGAUAGGCACAAAUCCUAUGCAAAAAUAAAGACGUUUUGUGACAUUUCACUCAUGUAUAUAGAGCUGUUUGCUUUUUAUACAGGAUAAUUAAAUGUCUCACUGAAGACUGCAGAACAGAUCUCAGUGCAUUAGAUGCCAGUGCUUUACAUUUUGGGUGGAUUUGCACCCCUUAGUCUCUUUACCAGCUAACUAAUCUAAUUUAUAUUUAUACCUACUCAUGCACCGGGUGUCUCUCUAACCCGCUGAGAUGUUAAAGGAAUAGUUCACCCAAAAAUGUAAUUCUGUCAUUUUAACUCAAUCUCAAAUUACUUUUUUUGAAGAAUGAAGGAAAGUUGAAGAAUGUACCACCCACUCUUUUCCGUAUAAUGAAAGUGAAUGGGGAUCUGGGUUGUCAAGUUCAUAAAGGCAAAGAAGCACAAUCAAAGUCUCAUACAAGUCCAUGCAACUCAUGUUCCAUUUCCUGUAAGUCAUAUGAUAGCAUUUGAAUUCCUAUUACAGCUUUGUGUAAUAUGCAAGCUCACCUAUAGUAGUCCCCAAUAUAGCUGUUGGCAUAUGAAGAAUAUUCACAUUGCAUUAAUGUAUGAUGUCACAACACCAGACACCAGACAUCAGACCUGACUUGUUGUGUCUAAAGGCCCCAUAUCUCAAUGGAUGAAGAGAGCGGAUGGCAAGUUAGUGAAUAACAAUUUAAUUUCGGUAUGUUACUCGGUCAAAACUCGUUGUAUGGACUACUUUCGCAAUACUUUUUAAUGCUUUUUUUAUUUUAUUUUUUAUUUUUUGUCAUUUGAGUUCGACAACCAGAUCCCUAUUCACUUUCAUUACACAGAAAAGAAUGGCCAGUACAUUCUUCAACAUUUAUCUUUACAUGUUCCACUAAAUAAUUAAGUAAUAUGGGUUUCUGUUGAUGUGAGUAAAUGUUAAUAAUAUAUAUAUUAUAUAUAAUAAUUUUGUUUGUUUGUUUGUUUUUGGCUGAACUGUCCCAAUAAGUAAUUUGUCUAUGUUGAAUGUGUGCACAAUGCUGCCCCCUCCAGUUAAAUAUUUCUCUUGCAUUUUGUUGUUUAGUGAAAGGAGAUGACCAGUGAUGAGGAAGAUUAGGGGAUGUCCUAAAUCCUUCAGCCUGCAAUGUUCUCUUGCUGUGUGUGUGUGUGUGUGUGUGUGUGUGUGUGUGUGUGUGUGUGUGUGUGUGUGUGUGUGUGUGUGUGUGUGUGUGUGUGAGAGUAUGCGAGUGCACUGAAUUAUGUCAGUAAUUAGCUCUGCUCAGUUCUCACCAUUGCUGACUUUAAAUCACCUAGAUUAAGGAGAUGUGAGGGAAAAGGAGAUAAUUCCUUUCAGGUUCUCACUAUCCCUUGUGUGACCUCACACUAGCCUCCAGACCAGUUUAUAACAGCCAGCAGAAAAGUGAAAUGGGGUUUGGGUGGUGUUUAUUGGAGAGGGAAGACCCGUGCUAACGUAGUUGGACUGAAAUUGUGAAGUUGUGUUUUCAGAAGUUUUCUUAUUAAUAUUGUAUAAUCUCAGUGUUUUAUCCAUCUUUGAAAAUUUGUUUAUGACAAUCAGUCACAGAAAAGGAUGUACUAUGAUGUAAUGAAAUAAUUUCAAUAAAAAAAAUUUAGGGAAAAAAACACUGCUACCUUUGAAUGUCUGCCAAUGCAAAUUUGCAAAUUGCCUAGAUUUUCUUGACUCGUGCAUGCAGUCCUCGGCUGCGCACAUCGUCUGCUCAUGCACUGGCCAUUGACUGUAAGACUAAAAGAGAGUCACAAAGUAGUUGUAGUGCGCAAGCGCUGAAAGCAUUCCUAUUGGUUUGCAGUCAGAAAAGUAU